UUUAUGGCCAGUGGUACACGCUGUGUUUCUAUUUCAAUAAUUCCUCGUUCCGGCAUUUUAAGAAGUUUUGUAUUCCGACGCAGAAUAGAAAUGCUUACAAAUUUUUUAGGUCAUUUUCAUUUUGCUUGCAAAUAUUUUCAUAUAUAAUCUGUUAAAAAAGCAACAUGUCGAAACGUGCUGCAGAGGAGUCUGGGGGUGGUGGUAGCACCGCGGGUGCGACAAAUCUCGGGCAACCACCUAUAAAAAAGGUUCAUUUUGAACCGCACCUCAUUGGGCCCGUGUCGACACUCGAAGAAAUGGAUAUUAAAGUCCUUGAGUUUCAAAAUAAAAAGCUAGCACAGCGGAUCGAACAACGUAUGCGUACUGAAGCAGAGUUGAGGCAUCGGAUUGAACAAUUGGAAAAGCGGCAAAUGCAAGAUGAUGCUGUAUUGAAUGUUGUAAAUCGAUAUUGGAAUCAACUAAAUGAAGAUAUACGCGUGCUCUUGCAACGUUUCGAUGCUGAAACUGCUGAUGAGUCUGAAAAUCGCAAUGAAAAUGAAGUAACCACAUCUUUCCUUAUACAGCUAUCCACAUGGGAUAAGGAGGAACUUGAUGAUAAACUUGCUAAUCGUGUACAAGUUUCAAAGAGAGCUGUGGCUAAAAUUGUACAAGUAAUUGAUCGCAUUAUGCAGCGUAAUGAGAAGAUAACAUUAGCUCUAAAAGAAGGAAAUGGUGUUGGUAGUGGUGGUAAUGCCAAUGCGAACGCAGAAGGAGAAGAUGGCUCAGAUAAUAUCACGAAUAAUAUUUUGCCAAACAUUGAUGAGACUUUAAAACAAACUCACAUUGAAAUUAUGACAGAAAACCGAAAUCUGCAAAGUUUAAAUACUUCAUUGCAUGAGAAAUAUCAUACAAUUUCCUUAAAAAUGAAAGAGUGUCAAGAUGCUUUGACUGCUAAAGAGACGGAAAACGCAGAGCUUAAGAAUCAGAUCGAUGAGCUACAAUAUGAUUUGGAAAAAGUGCAUUGCCGCAACGACAAGUUGGAAAAUCAUUUGGCUGAAGCCAUAGAGAAAUUGAAGGCUUAUCAUCAAAUGCAUGGAGAUCCGAAUAAAAGUUCGUCUUCUGGUAAAGGAACUGCCACUGCUAAUGUAAACAGUCAACACUACGAAGAUUUACAAAAAGAUUUAGAAGAAUAUCGAGAACUUGCAAACAAUCGCCUACAGGAAUUAGAUAAAUUGCAUGCUACACAUCGGGAGACGUUAAAGGAGGUAGAGAAAUUAAAAAUGGAUAUACGUCAAUUGCCAGAGUCAGUGAUUGUAGAAACCACAGAAUACAAAUGCUUGCAGUCACAAUUCUCAGUUCUAUAUAAUGAAUCUAUGCAAAUAAAAACUAUGUUAGAUGAAACUCGUAAUCAAUUGCAAACAAGUAAGAAUCAACAUUUGCGUCAAAUUGAAGUUAUGGAAAGCGAGGAGUUGAUUGCUCAAAAAAAGGUUCGCAGUGAAAUGAUACAAAUGGAGGAUGUGCUGGCUCAGAUCCGUAAGGAAUACGAAACAUUGCGCAUUGAAUUUGAGCAAAAUAUGGCUGCUAACGAGCAAACAGCGCCAAUCAAUAGAGAAAUGCGACAUUUGAUUACUUCCUUACAAAACCAUAAUUUACAGUUAAAAGGUGAAGUGCAGCGAUAUAAACGUAAAUACAAGGAUGCCUCGGCCGAUAAUGUAAAGCUUCGCAAAGAAAUAGAAGACACCUUAGCCAAGCUGGAAGGUACAAAACAGCAACCGCUCUCAGCAGAAGAAGUCAAACAGGAGGGUGGAAAUUCAGUGAAAGAGGAGAGUGCAGCAGGUGGCGCUACUGGAGCUACUGGUACCGGUUCCAACGAGUCAUCAACAGCAGUCAAAGAUGAAGCAGGUGUCAACGUAAAAGGGGAUGAUGGCGAUGAGGAAAUGAAGGAGCAGAAAGAGGGAAUAAAGCAAGAAAAAAGCUCGACAGGAGCCAGUGCAAUUUCUGGGGAGAAGAAAGAUGCGCAAGCUGCUGGCAAUACAAAUAGUAAUACAGCGAGCGGAGCAACAGUAGCAGGAACGCCAUGCACAGCUACUAUCAAGAUAGAAAAGGACGCUAAAGAUGUGCCGAAGGCAAAAGAUAUAAAAGUAGUUGAAUCUGAAAUUGUGCGUGAUUUAAAGGCACAGCUAAAAAAAGCAUUAAAUGAUCAAAAGGAAAUGAAGCUUCUCCUCGAUAUGUAUAAAGGUGUUUCCAAGGAUCAACGUGAUAAAGUGCAGCUUAUGGCAACAGAAAAAAAACUUCGCUCAGAGAUCGAGGAAUUACGCCAACAAUUAAAGAAAAUACAAGAAAGUAAGAGGGAGGAGCGUAAAAAGUUGGCAGAUGAAGAAGCAAUACGUAAAAUUAAACAACUCGAAGAGCAGAAGUAUGAACUGCAAAAACAAGUGGCAAGUCAAAAGCCCGUCGAGAAUGCGUGGGGUGCGACUGGUGGAACUAAUUAUACCCGUCCAUUUGUGGGUUCUCACGAAGAGGAAGCUCUAUUAAAUGAAAUGGAAGUAACUGGUCAAGCAUUUGAAGAUAUGCAGGAACAGAACUCUCGUCUAAUACAACAACUACGGGAAAAGGAUGAUGCUAACUUUAAGCUUAUGUCGGAACGCAUUAAAGCCAACCAGAUGCACAAUUUAUUACGAGAGGAAAAACAAAUAUUAGUAGAUCAAAUGUCCACUAGAGAUACUCAAAUCGAGGCAAUGCAUAUUGUAUUACGAAAGUUGGAAGAAAAGGAGCGCAGUCUCCAAGCAACUGUAGCCACUAUCGAGAAGGAGUUGAUGUUGCGUCAGCAAGCAAUGGAAAUGCAUAAGCGGAAGGCUAUUGAGUCCGCCCAGUCAGCAGCAGAUUUGAAAUUGCAUUUAGAAAAGUAUCAUUCACAAAUGAAAGAAGCGCAGCAAGUUGUAGCGGAGAAAACCAGCUCACUUGAGGCAGAGGCUUAUAAAACAAAGCGCUUACAGGAAGAACUAGCGCAGUUCAAGCGAAAGGCAGAGCGUAUGAAAAAGAUUGAAAUGGCUGGUAGUACUAUUGAUGAAGUAGUAUUAGAAGAGAUCCGUGAAUACAAAGAGACUCUCACCUGUCCUUCGUGUAAGGUUAAGCGCAAAGAUGCGGUACUGUCGAAAUGUUUCCAUGUCUUCUGCUAUGACUGCUUGCGCACUCGUUACGAAACUAGACAGCGGAAAUGCCCUAAAUGCAAUUGCGCUUUUGGCGCUAACGAUUACCAUCGCCUCUAUUUAACCUAAAAACUGUAGUGCGCGAUUAUAGAUUUCACUGAGAAAUAUUUAAGUAAUAUUAAUUGGCGUUUACUGUCGAAUGCUCAGAAGAGCUCAGUGAAGGUCAAAUGAGGUCGUUUAGUGCCCUCACAUCUACUACAUACAAUCCAUACACUAUGAUUUACUGUUAGAUAUAUACUAAAUAUGCAUUAAUAAUAAUUGCAAUAAAUUUACAUGUAUAUCUUUA